UGCUUGUCUGAUACAGAGACAAGAGUGGAAAUCAAAAACGAUUGCCAUGAGGCCAACAACUGUUGGGGUUUCGACAGGUGCAGGUCCACAGCCACCUCAGAAUUUCAAACCCAAAUCAGAAUGGAAGCAUGAAGAAGCAGCAAGUUUUUUGUUUGUUUAUCUUCCUGGAUUUGUGGCAGAUCAAUUAACUAUAAAACCUGACUACUCGAAUAGGACGGUGAAGGUUCAAGGAGAGCGUCGGCUUCCCAAUAACAAAGUAUUGCCUGUAAACGAAACUUUCAGCAUCCCUGAAGAUUGUAUCUUGGCGAAAAUGGAAAAACAAUUUGGGCGGGGAAUUCUAUUGUUUAAAAUUCCAAGGGAUGUUAUUCCACAACUAACCCCAAGAAAGCCUCAAGAAACAGUAGGUGGCCGGGUGACUCGAGAGGAUGAAGACACUACUGGUCCUUCAAAACAAACAUCCACCACUGGUUUAGAGAAACAACGUCCGGAUAAAGCAGCUGCAAUCGUUCCUCUGGUAACAACUGCCACCGACGAAGGUGCGGUUUCAACGAAGGCAAUAGAUGAAAACAAGGCAAAGACAGGUUCCACGAGUGAUGAACAAAAGUUGGUUGAAAAGAAGGAAGAGAAUGAAGAGGAAAGUUAUAAAGAGCAAAGCCAGGAAUCAGCCAUGUCUUCAGCGAUGGUUGCUGAUAAAGUUGAAGUGAAAGAAAAGGAAAAGAGUCAGAAAUCUAGUGAUGCAAAAGGGAAGGAAAAGGAAACCGUAAAGGCAAAUCUUGUUUUGGAAAAGAAAGGCAUGGUGGAGGAACUGAAUGAAGAUAGGUCAUUAUUAGUCAACAUGGGCGCAGCCAUCCUGAUUAUUGCAGCACUAGUAGUUUCUCUAUUUUAUACCUUAAUAAGGUCAUAAACUAGCUAGGGUCUUUGGAACCAAAAUGCACUGUCAUAUAUAAGUCAUGUUGCCUAUGAUUAUGUAUCACCCUAGCUACAAGUUGAAGCUCUAUAUAUAUAUAUAUAUAUUGGAAUGUGAUAUUUUA